AACAUUUCCCCUUUGGCCAUAAUGAGAAAAAAAACAACUACAGUAUCAGCAUAAAAUCUUUGGCAGAAGAAUUAACACAAUCUCAAAGGAAUCAUAGAAGCCUCUAAUUAUGUCAUUUUCUUACUGCUAGAUAAAAGGCUUUUCACUCUUAGCCUCUGAUUUCUCUCUCUCUCUCUUGCUGUCUCUCACUUUUUCUCUGUAUGCUCUCUGUGUCGCUCUCUCUCACAUGUACACCCCUACACACUUCAUUUGCGAUCUCAUUGUUUUGAAGGUUUCAAUUCACGUCCUCCAGAGCGUCAAGUCGGCAGGCGUCUCUUUAUGAUUUUGUAAUGAUUAACUUUGUGUCCAUAAAAAGCGUGGAGAAACAAAGAACUCUGGGACGAGCAAAAGAAGAACUGAAGAGAAGAAAACAUCCUCCACAGGUCUGGUCUGUUCAAGUUGAAAUGCGGAACAGUUAACAAUGGAGUUCACAGUUUUGCUCUUCCUUUUUCCUGCGUUUAUGCUCACAAUGCAAGCUCUUUUACGGUCCUGCCGUGGCAUUUCGGUCACUCUCAGCCCAGACUCAGUAAAAUUGGAGGUGAGCUCCAAGAUAUUCGCAGAGUGUGGCAAACCAGUUUCCCUUCACUGCAACUCAUCAUCAUCUCAGCAUGGACUAUCAGUGAAAUACAUGGAGUGGUCCCAUGGCAACAUGUCUUUAUGUUCGGUGGACAGCGAACAAACAAUAACCAAAUUGCAAAGACACUUUCAAAGUGACUUCGACUGCAAGUACGAAGAUGGACGACUAUCCCUGGUGUUUGAAAGAAUGCUGCCUCUGCAGAGCGGAGAAUACAGGUGCAAAUUGCGCUCCAACAAAGGAGUGGCAAAUGAAUGCACAAAGGUGCAGCUGCAAGAGUUCUGUGGGAAAGUGGAAGCUGUUUUAAGGAGUGAGGGUCCAUCCUGCAGAUUCAACCACGUCUAUCCAGACGGGGAUGUGCACUGGUUUCAUGACUCUCGUAACGUCUCAGACGAAUCCGUGAUGCAGCACACUGCUAAAAGCAUUGAUAGCCAUGGCUGGAUGAUCAUACACAGUUGGUUGACCCUAAACGGUACAUCAGAGAGAAGUUCACACAAGCCAUAUAACUGUUCUUUGAAAAGUUCUACUUCUGGGAAAUACAUUGCAAGUACUUUAGUUCAGAAACAUGAACGUCGGGCUGUUCAAGGUGCUAUAGGGUACAGCCGUUGUGCAGGAAACAGAGAGAAAUCACUGCAAGCUGGGAAGAUUACUUUGGCUAUUUUAGUCCCACUCAUUUCCAUGUUAAAAUAAUGAACAGUGCAAAGUAAAAACUCACUCUGGAGAAUGAUAAAACGUCAGAGUGAAUGAUUCGUAAUCUGUACCAUCAUUAAUAAGAUGGUACUCAGAAUCUAUUAAAGAACUAUGGCAACCAAACAGAUGGGUGAGUCAUCUUGCCAGGAUGGAAUAUUUCUAAUUCUACCUUUUAAUUCUUGGCUCAGGUAAACAAGAAAAUUACAGGCUGUUCAAAUGUGAUAACAAGGAAGCGGAUAAUUUUAAACUAUAAAUGCACUUGGCUUCUAGAGAGCUUUAGAUGAGGGAACAGGGCUUGUUGGUUUUCAACACACAACUUGGAAUACACCUAUAGAAAGCGCACUUUAACAGUCUGGCUGCUAUAAACUAAAUUAAUGUCAGACUAAUGAGUUUUGAUAGCCAUGCAAUGCGGGAAAUAAGUAUUUUUCGAGCUUGCCUGCUUAAAAAUGUAGAGGUCUAUAAUUCUGAGGUAAGGUGGUUAACUGUAGAUACAACCCAACUUUUUAAACAGCAUCUAAAAUAUAUAGAAAAAUAGCAUUCUAUGGUUGAUAGAUAUUUGAUCAAUUACCAACCAGCAACACGUCAGGCUUUCACAAAUCUGUUAGUUCAUCUUUAAAAAACCCUCCUAUGGUCCAUUCAUUACCUGCAUUAAUUACAUCUGUUAGGACUUGUUACCUGUAUAAAUGACAAAUGUUCACUUUGAGGUUGGGGUCUCAAUCAGACCCCAACCUCUCCACCAUGAGCAAAACCAAAGAGAUGUCUAAAGAUCAAAGAAAUCUGUGGCAUAUCAAAUACUUAUUUCCCACACUGUAAGUCUUCAGAUCAUGUAUCAUUUUAAUAAUAUGCAUUGCAUUGCAUAUGCUGAGGUAAUAAUAAUGUGGGUGAUUGACUCUACUGUAUGUUACUCUCAGAUGGACAGACAUAGAGGAUAAAAUACUUAUUAGGAGGACACAUGCAAUGUAAUUGAUCAGACCUGUUUGUGGUAUGCAGAACGAUGCUGCCCUCUGGUGGUCCAAUAAUUUGUAGCAUCAAAUUAAAACAAUAGAAAUUGGUGUUUCAUUUAUGGAAAACACCAAAUUAUGUUACUAAUAAAAAAUUAUUAGUAACAUAAUUUCCCUAUUUAUUUAUAUUUUUGAUUAACUCACGAGCAGACUAUGCUACACUGAUGAACCAGUGGUUACAAAGGAAACAUUUUGGACUUAUAAGUAGUUCUACUGAGUAGUAUACUCAUUGAAAUCCACUAAUCAAACCUAAAACAGUUUGUCACAAGUCUCUGUUAUAGCUGAUUAGUUUCCUUUUUAAUUUGAAUUUUAAACUAGCGCAGUUGAAUAGUGAAGUGAUGAUGCACUGUUUGAUGGCUGGGAUCAAUUGGAAUGUAUGUGUGGUUAACAUGAGAUGACUUUUCGUAAAAUGCCUUGACAUGACAUUUGUUGUGAAAUAGCAAAAAAAUGAAUAAACUGAAUUAAGUAAAAAUAUUUCGUAUUUGCAAAGCUAAAGGUAUUUGAUUUUGAUAUUUGAUCCAAUUGGCAUUGAUCAUUUUAAAUUGAACUGAUUAUAUAAAAAAAUAUUGGUUAAAUAAAACUGACAGUAAAUAUAUACAUUUAAACAUACAGUGGUGCUGCUGUACAUGAUUUUUGCCCUUGUAUGGUCUAAUAUUUCUCCAACAGCCUGAUUUUCUUUGCUAGACCACAAAUCAACAUGAAUAAUGAUUGUAAUAUACAGUGUCCAAACUAAAAUUAUAUUAUUAUCCUGGCUGACACAAAAGUAGAUAAGUAGCAAGGAAACAUUGUUUAGUACUCUUGGAAAAUAUUGUAAAAUUCCUUGUUAGAACUGAAAAAACAAAACACAACUAAGUGGCCAAUCACAUUAGUGCAGCUGUAGUGGGUGAACUGCAAAUACACCCACAAUUUAAAUGCUUUUCAAGAUUCCCAAAGAAUCACAUGCCAGGUCUUAUACGUAUUUGGUUUGAAGAAAUUUAACAGAGCAUUUGAAUGAUGGAGAAUUUGAUAUGGAUUGAUGUAGAUAAAUAGGAUCGUUUUAUAUCUAUUUGCAAAUUUACUUUUGCAAAUUUCGCUGACUGUUUGAGACAGUCAGCGAAGGUAAAAUAAAAUUUUUAAUAGGCCAUCACCAUGAGACAAAUGUAGCUUCAGGAUAAAAGCUCUUAUUUUCCAACGCCUCAGUGCUCCUUGGUCAAGCCAUGAUAGCUCUCUGCUGGUGAUGUCACUGAAUAAAGGUAAAGAUUGAGCUUUUAAAGGCCAGAUUAGUCACACACAUUGGAUAUGGCAAGACUGUAGAGCAGCUCAGAGUCACUGUGAGGAAAUACUUCAAGGUGACUUUUACCAGUGCAAGGUGCACAGAUGCCUCCUCAUACCGACCUAACAUACAAACUAAUGUUGAGUUUGAACCCAGAUCUCCUAAUGGUUU